CAUCUCCCCCAUGAAUAUUCACUCUAAAUUUCUUAUUUUUCUUGUUUAAUUUUUUGUUCUUGAAAAGGGUUGUUGAUUUUAAAACUCUGGGUGUUCAUGAAAACCAAUACUUUUCAGCAAUUUCAAAAAAUUUCUGGCAAUUGAUGGUAUAAUGGCAGAAAUUGUAAAUACCACAACUAAGGUUGAUACAGAAGAAGAUACAUACACUAAAGAUGGAACUGUUGAUUACAAAAACAACCCUGCUAACAGGAACACUACAGGAACCUGGAAGGCCUGCCCUUUUAUUCUUGGAAACGAGUGUUGUGAACGAUUGGCAUACUAUGGAAUGAGUACAAAUCUGGUACUUUAUUUCAAAAACAACCUCCAUGAGCAUAGUGCUACUGCCUCAAGAAACGUCUCAAAUUGGCAGGGAACGUGUUAUUUCACACCGUUAAUUGGGGCGUUUCUUGCUGAUGCUUAUCUAGGCAGAUACUGGACCAUUGCUAUGUUCUCAAUCAUCUAUGUAAUGGGUAUGACUUUAUUGACAAUAGCCGCAGCUGUUCCUGGAUUAAAGCCAACUUGCGUGUCAAAAGAGGAUUGCCAUCCGACCGGUACAGGCGUUGCAGUCACAUUUUUAGCGCUUUAUCUAGUGGCCCUCGGAACCGGUGGGAUCAAACCAUGUGUCUCAUCCUACGGUGCAGAUCAGUUUGACGACGCCGAUGAGGAGGAGAAGAAGCACAAGAGUUCUUUCUUCAAUUGGUUUUAUUUCUCAAUCAAUAUUGGUGCAUUGAUUGCUGCAUCUCUUCUCGUUUGGAUCCAAGAUAAUGUGGGUUGGGGUUGGGGGUUUGGUAUCCCGGCUGUAGCCAUGGCUGUAGCGGUGGUAUCGUUCUUUUCAGGAACCCGGUUGUACCGGAAUCAGAAACCGGGAGGGAGCCCGUUGACCCGUAUUUUCCAGGUUGUUGUUGCUUCAUGGAGAAAACGUAGGGUUCGCGUGCCUGAUGAUAAGUCUCUUUUGUAUGAGACUGCGGAUACUAAGUCUACGAUUGAGGGAAGCCGCAAGCUUGAUCACACCAAGGAUUUUAGUUUCUUGGACAAAGCAGCUAUGGAGUUACAAUCGGAUCGUGCGAAAGGAUCCAUCAACCCAUGGCGGCUUUGCACGGUAACCCAGGUGGAGGAACUCAAAUCCAUCAUCAAACUACUUCCGAUAUGGGCCACCGGUAUCAUCUUCAGUGCCGUCUACAGUCAAAUGAGCUCCCUAUUCGUUCUUCAAGGAAAUACCAUGGACUUAACAAUCAACAAGUUUGAAAUCCCGGCAGCAUCACUCAGCAUUUUCGACACACUUAGCGUAAUCUUCUGGGUCCCAGUCUACGACCGGGCCAUUGUCCCCUUGGCCCGGAAAUACACGGGCCACAAAUCGGGUCUCACCCAGCUCCAACGAAUGGGUGUAGGUUUAGUCAUCUCAAUAUUUGCAAUGCUAUCAGCCGGGAUUCUAGAAGUCGUCAGGCUCGGGAUUGUUAAAAGAAACAAUUAUUAUGAUGUGAAGCACAUUCCAAUGUCGGUUUUAUGGCAGGUCCCGCAGUAUUUCUUGAUUGGUUGUGCCGAAGUCUUUACAUUUAUUGGACAACUGGAGUUCUUUUAUGAUCAAGCACCGGAUUCUAUGAGGAGUUUGUGUUCGGCUUUAUCGCUUACAACCAAUGCUUUCGGGAAUUACUUGAGUUCGUUGUUGGUGACAGUCGUGACGGCGACUAGUACUAAAGGAGGCAAACCCGGGUGGAUACCGGAUAAUUUGAACCGCGGGGAAUUGCAGAACUUUUUCUGGCUUUUGAGUGGUUUGAGUGUUGUUAAUUUCGGGGUUUAUCUUGUUGUGGCUAAGUGGUACACUUAUAAGCGCGCUGUCGGGACUCUUCGUUAGGAGGCGUAACGUGCAAAGAUUGUUCGAGUUCAUAGAAAUGGUUUGAUGUUUGUUUUAAGUUUAUGAAAAUUCUGUUUGUGUCAGUUGGUAAAUUUAAAGUUAUAAUUAUGAAAGAUGGAUGAAACCAAGUGUUUUAAGUUUAAACACUCUUUCCAAAAGUA